AUGGCGACGGCCACAGCCAGUGGGUGGAACAUCGUGCUAAAGAACCUUUUUUUAACUAGAGAUAAUUUUCAUAGAAGCCUAGUUCCGCUUAACAUUCCCAAGAAAUUUGAGAUUGAAGAUCCAACUGUUACAGGAGCUAUUUAUUCUUCUUCAAGUAUAUUGUUGGUAAUAGGUGGAAAUGUCUAUGCUUAUGAUUAUGAAGAAAAUUAUUGGAGUACUAUUCUAGUGACAGAAGAGUACCUUACAGAUAUUUAUGCCGAGUACUGUUGCUAUAGUAAAGAUUACUCUUGUACAUCUGUAAGUAGUCUUGUUUUAGUAUACACCACUGGAGUGCCUACAUCUGAAACCAUCAUAUAUAUGUCAAAGAGUCUAGGAUAUGAAUUCAAAGAAUUCCUCUUACCACAACUGAAAAACUAUAAUGGAAUUUUCCGAGGAAUCUUUUUCUUUCAUUCCAUAUCCAAGUUUGCAGUGCUCUUGGAGGGUGAUAAUCAUCGGGUAAGGUUUGUUUAUACAGAACCCCCACUAAAUGAAAGCUGGGGAAUGCCUUUUCACAUAUCAGGAGCUGUUAAAAUCAUGAAUCUUCCAGGUUUAAAAGGUUUUUUGAUUAUGUGGGAUAAAGAACACCUGUUGUUCUCACAUAACAGUGGUCAGCUUGUGGAAGAGAUUCCUAUUAAAGAAAAAAAGGGUUAGUAUGAUUCCAUUUCUCAACUGGGACACAGUAUCCUCACCAUUGCUGGCUUUGAAAAUGAAUUGGCACUUAUAAACUGGUAGAGAGUGAGGUUUUAUUACGGCACUCUUGGAUUGCUAUCAACUUCCAUAACUAAAGUGUUGCCUGUGGUGGUGCUGUGCGGAAUUUUGCGUGGAGAUUUUAAUAAAAAACUGCUUGUGCUAGACAUGGGUGAUACGUUGAAAUUGACUGCUGAGAUGGUGCCUCAAUCAUCCCAAUCACCAAUUCCAAUAAUCACCGUCAGUAAUCCCCAUACUCUUGGAUUCCAAGUAAAAAUGUAUGAAGAUGGCUACACCUAUGAUGGAAACACCAAAUUGCAAUACAGGCUUGUCCCUGAACAACAGAUGCUCAGUCUUAUCAGCAGCCCAGUUGGGCAGAACAUUACAGUGAUGCAGCAGCAUGUCUCAGGCAGGGCUCAUGAGAGCUUCAUUUCUAACAUAAAACUUCCCAGUUUAUCCACUAUCACUCUGGAUUUAAUUGACAGAGGAAUGUCCUGUAUUGACUUACAACUCCGGUAUGCAGGUCUCAUUUCCAUUGGUUGUAACUGGGAAAAAAAGAUCACCAUUCGUAGGAAUCUAACUGCAUGUUCCAAAGGAAUACUACAGCCUACAGAUCUGCAGGCAAAUUAUACCUACAUCCUUGAAAAGGGAUCAUAUGAUCCUGAAUUCUAUUCCCGAACCCGGGCAGAUAAUGUGGACCUGGAAUUGUUUUAUGAUUAUGAGAAACUGGGAUGUCCAGUCCUGGUCUAUCACAACAGUCCAUGGAAACCAGUGAUUGAACUGUGGCAAGGAACAGAGUUUUUAAAAACUGUUGAAACGGAAUUUGUCCUGAUAGAAAUACAUGGAUUAUUCACCUACAAUUAUUCCUUGACUGUUGCCUCGGCUUCCUGCAAAUCACAGCCUCAGAACUGGUCUCAGAUGUUAGAUUCUUCUACUAUAAAAAAUAUGUAUGUGUGGAAUAGAAAGAAUUACGUCAGCUGCCAUAAAAAGCACACCAAGGCUCCGCUGCUAUGGCCUCAACUCGAAUACCAGGUGCUUGGGGGCUCCACAGACAACAGCAUCAUUUUUGAUCAAAGAAAUGGAAUGUAUGUGUUUUUUUUGAGCAUCGUGGAUCCCUUUUACAGCUACUGUGAUUUGACUACUACCUUCAGUGUAUAUGUCUAUGGUGCUUUCCCAAAGCAGGGUCUACCCGAUUAUCCAAUUGUUCUAUUUAUACUGAUGGUCAUGUUGUUUUCACUCUGGCUUGGAUAUAUCAUUCCAAAACUGUCAAAGUCAGAACGUGGAAACAAACCAGUUCAUGCAAGAAAACAGACCCUCCAUCUAGGCCUUGCAAAGAUUGGGAAGAAGUCGGCCUGGGAGCAGAGAGGGGCAGACUCUAGUUCUGGCUCUGGCCCUGUCUCAGAAUGCAACCUAGGGCCAGAAAAGGGCCGAAAAGAGGUGGGAUUGGGAAGUCAUGUGAACAGGACGGCAUCCUCUGCCCGGGCCCAGGUUAGUGUAAAGGGGUGCAGCUUCAUGGCUUCCGCCGGGCCCCAACUCUGUCCAAGGCCCCAGCCCGCCUCCCACUGCAGCAAGGGCUGUGCCCCUGGGGUCCAGGGCAUUCACUAUGCCUUGCCACCUCCCCAGCAGCUCCGGCCUAGGGACAAGGCCCUCCAAGGGAGCUGUAAGCUGGGCGACUUCCUGGUGGCAGAGGCCCCUGUCUGGCCCAAUAGGGCCCCUGACCCCCAGGUGGUGCAGAACAUCAAAGCCCAAGUGGAGUCCUACUUCUCCAACGAGAAUCUGGCCCAGGAUGCCUUCCUCCUGAAGCAUGUGCAGAAAAGCAAGCUGGGCUUCGUCAGCAUCAAGCUGCUCACCUCCUUCAAGAAGGUGAAGUACCUGACUCAGGAUUGGCGCCUGACGUGCUAUGCCCUGCGUUCUUCCACCCUGCUGGAGGUGAACGAGGAGGGCACCAAGGUGCGGCGAAGGACCCCUGUCCCCGACUGGCUCUUGGCCCUCCCACACACCAAGCUGCUUCUGGUGUGGGAGAAGCCCGAGCCUGAGUUCCAGAAGGAGGCGGCUGUGCCAGGAACCUCCUUUGCAGCAGCUCGGCGGGCAGGCUUCCUGACGACUGUUAGCAGCCUCUUUGACCCCUGCGAGGCCCUCACCUGCAUUCGGGUCUUGCGUCCAGGCAAGAAGCUCCCACCAGAUGUGCUGGCCUAUACAGCCCGCUACCCUGAGCUUCUCCACUAUCCCUGUGCCCUGGUUCAGUUUGAGAGCGUGGAGGCUGCCGGCCGGGCCUUUGCCACCUUGCGGGCAGACCCCAGGGGCUUCCAUGCAGUGAGGCUGGCCAAGAAAGGCCAUAGCCAGAAUGGGACUGGGCUAGAGGGAGGCAGCCCUGCUUUAGCCUCCUGCACCAGCUCGGAGGCUGAAGGGCACAAACCGUCUCUUUCACCUCCUAACCUGCCGGGCCCCUUGCCCACUCUGGCACCCUCCUGGUCCUGCGGCCCCAGCCCUGUUCUGUCCCUGCCCAGGCUGGCUGUGAGUCACCUACCCCAUGGCCCUGAUGGCACAAGAGGUUUUCGCCACCACAUUGGAUGCUACACACCUCAUUCACACCCCAUUGUCUCUCACGUGGACUGUUACAACAGCUUCCUAAUUGGUCUCCCAACCUUGAGCCUCUCCCCCUCUUCAAUGAAUCCUUCCAGUGGCUGCCACUGUGAUGUUCCUGAUGCAAUGGGCCUGGCCAACCAACCCCCUGCUAAAUACGUUCCAGGAGGCCUGGUACACGUCGAUCCUUUUGAGGGCAGGGACCUUGUAAGGUAA